AUGGUAUUAAAAAGAUUACUUGUUAUUUUGGUAUUAGCUGGAAUAGCUCUAACUCAAAGUGAUGAUAAAGCUAAGGAUAAUGAGCAGCAUAAGAAUGAUUUUAUUUCAUUUGAUCAUAAUUAAGAUGGUAAUGUAGAUGCAGCCGAAGUUAGGACAGUUUUUCCCCAAAUAUCCUAGGAGGAGUUGAGUGCAUUCUUCAUUGCAACUGAUAAAAAUGAGAAUGGUUUGAUUGAUUAUGAUGAAUAUCUUCAUGCUUCCCUAGAACACGCAGAUGGAAACUUAAACUUAGAUGAUCUUCAAAUUUCUUGA